UUCCCAUCCCCUUCUGACAAGCUGUGAGAAGAAGUUGUUUCUCAGAUCUGAGUCUGAAGAGAGGAGACAAGUCAAUCAGCUUCCGUGGUCAGAAGAGAAACCUGAGACCAUGAGGAGCAGCCUGACCCUGGUGGGAACACUCUGGGCCUUCCUGUCCCUUGUUACUGCUGUGGCCAGUUCUACCAGUUACUUCCUGCCUUAUUGGCUCUUUGGAUCCCAGCUGGGGAAGCCAGUGUCAUUCAGCACAUUCCGGAGGUGCAACUACCCUGUGCGGGGAGAGGGGCACAGUCUGAUCAUGGUGGAAGAGUGUGGGCGCUAUGCCAGCUUCAGUGCCAUCCCAAGCCUGGCCUGGCAGAUGUGCACGGUGGUGACAGGUGCCGGCUGUGCUCUGCUGCUCCUCGUGGCACUGGCUGCUGUCCUGGGCUGCUGCAUGGAGGAGCUCAUCUCCAGAAUGAUGGGACGUUGCAUGGGAGCAGCACAGUUCGUGGGAGGGCUGCUGAUAAGCUCAGGCUGUGCGUUAUACCCCUUAGGAUGGAAUAGCCCAGAGAUAAUGCAAACAUGUGGGAACGUCUCCAAUCAAUUUCGAUUAGGUACCUGUCGGCUUGGCUGGGCCUAUUACUGUGCUGGAGGUGGAGCAGCUGCAGCCAUGUUGAUCUGUACCUGGCUCUCUUGCUUUGCUGGAAGAAACCCCAAGCCUGUCAUGUUGGCAGAGAGUAUCAUGAGGAACACCAAUUCUUAUGCCAUGGAGCUUGACCACUGCCUCAAACCUUGAGUUUUGGCAGAAGAUUGGAGAGGGUGGGAAAGAGAAAGGAAGAGAGCCUUGAAAAGAGGCCAGUAAUGUGGCCUCCUGUUUGCAUGCUUUUUAACUCACCAUUCAUUUCCACCUUCCCAUAAGCCAGUAGGUCAGUGGCUAUUUACAAAAUUCAUCAAGAACAAUGAUUCUCUUAAAUGUUUACCUAGCUGGUGAGUACCCACUAGCCCUCAAGUCCCAGAGUGCUCCUCUAUGCAAAAUAAGGAGAAGAUCCUCACCUGAAAGGUAACUUCACAAUCAGGCAGAUCUUCAGAGUUCUACAGCUCCUGUCUAUCACUUAAAGGCUGUGUAGGAACACAUGUGCAGGGAAGGACCAGGAGAUGAACAGGGCUGGUUCCUACACUCCAUGUAUAUGGCCCUCCCCCUGGUAUUUAUUGCCAUAUCCAAACGUCUAUGGAAUGCCACUGUUCAAAUUUUUGCAACCUUCUCAGGACUAUACCUUAACUUCCUAUUUUCUCUUGCUUCUUUUCCUUUCCAGUUGUGGGGAAGCCUAUGGAGAAGGUGACUCACAAUGGGGAAAACACUAAUCAAGGAUAGUUGCAUAGAAUCUAAAACCCCUUCCUCAUUAUGCUUAGAAUAUUCAUAAGAGUUCAUUUUGUGUUCUGGCUGGGUGACUGGCAUCAAAAUAGUGGCAAGUAUUCCCUAAUCCCUUAUAGAUACAGAAAUGGCGUUCAUCCAGUGUUCUGAGCAGAGAUUAGCAUUUGUU